AUGUGGGGGGCGGACAUCGCUCUUCACCAGCCCGUCUCCCCCACAGCGCGCGCAGACGUCCCCAUGGAGGCCUGCUGUGCGGACGGACACCGCAUGGCCACGCAGCACAGGGACUGCGCGCUGCCCUAUGCCUCGGCGUCCAAGGAGUGCAGGAUGGUCCAGGAGCAGUGCUGCCACAGCCAGCUGGAGGAGCUGCACUGUGCCACUGGCAUCAACCUGGCCAACGAGCAGGACAGCUGCGCCGUGUCCGCCGCCAACGCCAGCCUGGAGGCCGUGUUCGUGAAGAGGUGCUGCCACUGCUGCCUGCUGGGGCGGGCGGCCCAGGCCCAGGGCCAGAGCUGCGAGUACAACCUCAUGGUCGGCUACCAGUGCGGCCUGGUCUUCCGGGCCUGCUGCGUCAAGGGCCAGGAGACCUCGGACUUGGCCCCCGCAGACAAUGGGCACCUCCAGGACACAGCUAAGCUCUCGGAGGCGGAGGAGGAGCAAGAGGACCCGUACCUGAAUGACCGCUGCCGAGGCGGCGGGCCAUGUAAGCAGCAGUGCCGUGACACCGGAGAGGAGGUCGUCUGCUCGUGCUUUGUGGGCUACCAGCUGCUGGCCGACGGCGUCUCCUGUGAAGAUGUGAACGAGUGCAUCACGCGCACCCACAGCUGCCGGCUCGGCGAGUCCUGCAUCAACACCGUGGGCUCGUUCCGCUGCCAGCGGGACAGCAGCUGCGGGACGGGCUAUGAGCUCACGGAGGACAAUGACUGCAAAGAUAUUGACGAGUGUGAGAGUGGUAUUCAUAACUGCCUCCCCGAUUUUAUCUGUCAGAAUACUCUGGGAUCCUUCCGCUGCCGACCCAAGCUACAGUGCAAGAGCGGCUUUAUACAAGAUGCUCUAGGCAACUGUAUUGAUAUCAAUGAGUGUUUGAGUAUCAGCCCCACGUGCCCCGUCGGGCACACGUGCAUCAACACGGAGGGCUCGUACACGUGCCAGAAGAACGUGCCCAACUGUGGCCGUGGCUACCAUCUGAACGAGGAGGGCACCCGCUGUGUGGACGUGGAUGAGUGUGCACCGCCCUCGGAACCCUGCGGGCCGGGCCACCUCUGCGUGAACUCCCCUGGAAGCUUCCGCUGCGAAUGCAAGGCCGGCUUCUAUUUCGACGGCAUCAGCAGGACAUGUGUGGACAUCAACGAGUGCCGGCGCUACUCCGGGCGCCUGUGCAGCCACAAGUGCGAGAACACGCUGGGCUCCUUCCUCUGCAGCUGCUCCGCGGCCCGGGCACCCUCUCUUUCAGAUGUGAACGAAUGCACCAGCAGCCCCUGCAGCCAGGAGUGUGCCAACGUCUACGGCUCCUUCCAGUGCUACUGCCGCCGCGGCUUCCAGCUCAGCGAUGUGGACGGGGUCACCUGCGAAGACAUCGACGAGUGCGCCCUGCCCACCGGGGGCCACAUCUGCUCCUACCGCUGCAUCAACUUCCCCGGGAGCUUCCAGUGCAGCUGCCCCCCGACUGGGUACAGGCUGGCCCCCAACGGACGCAACUGCCAGGACAUUGACGAGUGUGUGACCGGCAUACACAACUGCUCCAUCAAUGAGACGUGCUUCAACAUCCAGGGCAGCUUCCGCUGUCUGGCCUUCGAGUGUCCGGAGAAUUACCGUCGCUCCGCGGACACGCUCCACCAGGAGAAGACAGACACCGUCCGCUGCAUCAAGUCCUGCCGCCCCAGCGACAUCAGCUGCAUGCGGGACCUGGUGCACACCGUCUCCCACACCGUCGUCUCGCUGCCCACCUUCCGCGAGUUCGCCCACCCAGAAGAGAUCAUCUUCCUCCGCGCCGUCAUGCCCGCGCACCCCGCCAACCACGCCGACAUCAUCUUCGACAUCACGGAGGGGAACCUGCGGGACUCCUUCGACAUCGUCAAGCGCUACGUGGACGGCAUGACCGUGGGGGUGGUGCGCCAGGUGCGGCCCAUCGUGGGCCCGUUCCACGCGGUCCUGAAGCUGGAGAUGAACUACGUGGUCGGGGGCGUGGUGAACCACCGCAAUAUCGUCAAUGUCCACAUCUUCGUCUCCGAGUACUGGUUCUGAGGGCUGGCCCAUGGCUCAGCCAAGUCUGCACCUCCAGGCCAACUCAUUGCUGCCAGCGACUGUGCCCUGCCCCUGUUUGUGCCGCCCAGACAUUUCCUGAUUUUAUGUAUUUGUUUGUUGUGGUGGGCUGACAUCCGCCUGGCGUAUUUUGGUGUUGAAAUAAUGAAUGCAAUUACUCAACUGUUUGGUUGAAAACCUUGCUUAUUUUUUAAUGCAAAUGUUACCUGUUGCUGCCUUUACUCUCCCUGUGGGCUGGGCAUGGCUAAGGAUCAAGGACAGAGAGACACUUUUCAGGGGGCAAUUACUCAGAAUGCCAAGAAAAGACCCGUUUUUGCUCCAUUGUAUGGAAGCUGACAUUUGGUACUUUUUGGCCAAUCAGCGUGCCCCAUUCCACGGACACGCUGCUGUAGACUAGCAGGUUGGCAGGCCCUGCCCAGAAGCAGCGCGGCACAGUGCCUCACAGGACACUGGGGAGGUAAACCGCUGUUCUGUUUCAACAGAAAAACUCCGUGUGUGGCCCCGGUAUGUUCACCAGGGGAACGGCAGGGUUUUCUCUGCUCCCUGCAUCCUCUUCUCUGACCACAGGUGGGAAAAUAAACAGCUUUGUGACUCUC